AUGCGGAAAAAGUGUUCAACCGCCGCCGCUGAGGAGGUGGGCGGAACCCUAGAUCUAUUAUGGGAGAUCCUUAUCCUACUGCCAUUGAAAUCCCUGAUACGAUCAAAGUGCGUCUCGAGGCAGUGGCUGACACUUAUUUCCGACCAACAAUUUCGUGAGUCUCACCGCGACAAACACCAACGCUACAACACUUCCCUGAUUUUCAACCCCAAGGCUAGUGGACGUAUAGAGAUACCGCACAUCCUCUGCUUUACCGCUACAACCCCAACCCCACCCCCAACCCCAACCCGUUUCAAUCUCAAUUUUCUCCACCAAUAUGAACUCAACGUCGUUCGUUCCUGCAACGGUAUAAUCCUCUGCCAUGGCUUAGAUCCCUUCAAUUAUUUCAUCUGCAACCCAAUCACCAGAGAAUUCACCUCUCUCAGUUUGCCAUCCUGGUUCAAAAGCAAACCCCCACGCAACAGAACCCUUUUUCUUGCUUUUAACCCCUUCCAAAUCAUUUCAGUUGCUGCAGUGAAUGCUUCCAAGCUUGACUGGGUUUUUAAUGUAUAUUCCUUCAAAUCUCGUUCCUGGAUUCACUCUCAGUCUGAGAUUUUACGCUCUACCUCAUCAGAACUUGAUGAUGUUGGUCAUGGGGUUUACUGCAACCGUGCUAUUCAUUGGUGCAACAGAGGUUACUUCUUUAUAUAUUUUCAUCUUGAUACUAAGUGCCUACAAAAUCUUCCAAUUCCUCCGGCUUAUUCAAAAAGGUAUGAUAGACGUCUCCAUUAUUUUGGAGAGUCUGGGGGUCGUUUGCAUAUGAUGCUAAGUCCCAGGCUCGGCUUCAACUUCAAUUAUGAUAUUUAUGAGCUCAAGGAAGAUUACUCUGAAUGGACAUGGAGGCAUCAUCUUGAUCUUAAUUCCCUGCGUAGCGAAAUUGUUGUAGACAUAAUUUGGUUCCGGUAUCAGCUUCCGUUAGGCUUAUACAUUGUUCGCACAGCAAAAAACCACUUGUUGGUGUUGAUUGCAGGUAAAUAUGGAGCCAUGGUCUAUGAUCCUGUAGACGGAACUUCAAGAAAGCUGUGUGAUUUUAGGUUUGGCUCGACUUCAUUGUUUUAUACACAGAAUAGCAUUCAACAGGGUGAGGUUCUUCAGUAUUUUGAAAAUAAUGAAAGGUUUGUUGAAUUAGCAAGGCUCACCAAUCAGAACUGA